AUGGUAGUGAAGGUUUAUGGCCCACAGUGUGCCUCAGCCAAACGGGUUCUAGUUUGUCUGAUUGAGAAGGAAAUAGAAUUUGAGGUUGUCCCUGUUAAUGUCUUGACGGGAGAACACAAAGAUCCUCAGUACCUCAAAUUACAGCCUUUUGGAACUGUUCCUGUAAUUCAAGAUGGAGAUUAUACCCUUUAUGAAUCUCGGGCUAUAAUGCGAUACUACGCUGAAAAAUACAGAUCUCAAGGAGUUGAGUUACUAGGAAAAACAAUAGAAGAAAAGGGUCUUAUAGAACAAUGGUUAGAAGUUGAAGCACAUAGCUAUAAUCCACCAGCAUACAACUUGACCAUUCAUGUUCUGUUUCCUGCACUAGCAGCUAGCAAGACUUCAGAUCCUAAGGUAAUUGAAGAGAGUGAAGCGAAGCUCAGGAAGGUGCUGGACAUUUAUGAAGAGAGGCUUUCGAAGAGCAAGUAUUUGGCUGGUGAUUUUUUCAGUCUGGCUGAUAUGAGUCACCUUCCUUUUACUGAUUAUAUUGUUAACCAUAUGGGGAAAGAGUAUUUGAUUAAGGAUAGGAAGCAUGUUAGUGCUUGGUGGGAUGAUAUAAGUACUAGGCCAUCCUGGAAGAAGGUUGUUGAGUUGUAUAAACCUCCCGUUUAA